CAUACACUUCUUCACAAAGAGCUUCAUAAAACACACUUGCAAAACUUUUCAAGGUUUUUGGAUAGUAGGUUGAGUUUUUCAGAAGUAAAAAAAUAUACUAUUCUAUAUAAGUAAACAUUAAAUAUUCUAUCUAAUUUUUCUUAUGGCUUCUUUAACAAAAGAUCAUCGGGAAUUAAAACGCUUAAAGAGAGAAUUACUUGACGUUAACCAAAUUGUAGAUGAAGGGAACUCGCAAAUUGGCGCAAAUAUGGUUGACGGAAAUAUUUACAAAUGGAAAGGGUAUAUUAAAGGGGCAGAUGCGACUCCCUAUGAAAAUGGAUACUUUGUUCUUGAUAUAACAUUGCCUCCAGAUUACCCUUAUGCUCCACCCGAGAUUAAGUUUGUAACAAAGAUUUGGCAUCCCAAUAUUUCCAGUCAAACGGGUGCUAUUUGUUUGGAUAUAUUAAAAAGUGAAUGGAGUCCAGCGUUAACCAUACGCACGGUUUUAAUCUCUAUACAAGCUUUACUUUCGUCACCUGAACCAGAUGAUCCACAAGAUAAUGAAGUGGCCUUUAUGUAUAAAAACGACUACAAUGCCUUUUUACAAACCGCAAGGAUGUGGGUUGAUAUGUUUGCGGGCCCUGACAAUGAAUCACAGGAUGCGAAGGUUAGAAAACUAACGGAAAUGGGGUUUUCCCCAAGCCAAGCUUAUGAAUCCUUAACAACACAUAAUUGGAAUGAACACGAUGCAGUUGACUUCCUGCUCAAUUCAUAAAAGAAUUAAACCAAUAAUUUUUUUACAAAGUCAAAUAACAACAUACACUGUGUAUUAGUUUUUUUAAUUUUAUUU